AUGGCUGCCAAAGAAAUCAAUGUUGACGUUCUAGUCAUUGGCGCUGGUCCAACCGGCCUCGGUGCUGCCAAACGCCUCCAGCAACUGAACAGUGUUUCGUGGUUGAUUGUCGAUUCCAACGAGACACCCGGUGGUCUUGCCUCGACCGACGUCACUCCCGAAGGCUUCCUCUUCGAUGUUGGCGGCCACGUCAUCUUCUCUCACUACAAGUACUUUGAUGACUGCCUCCACGAAGCCCUGCCCCAGUCGGACGACUGGUAUGAGCACCAGCGCGUCUCGUACGUCCGCUACCAGGGCAUUUGGGUCCCGUAUCCCUUCCAGAACAACAUCGCUGUUCUGCCUAAAGAGGAACAAGUCAAGUGUCUGAACGAUCUCAUUGACGCAGCACUUGAAGCCCGCGUCCGAGCGGCCACCGACAAGCCCAAGAACUUUGACGAAUGGAACCAACGCAAUGUUGGCCAGCGCUUGAAUGAGAUUUUCAUGCGCCCUUACAACUUCAAAGUCUGGGCUGUUCCUACUACCAAGAUGAACUCGACCUGGGUCGGAGAGCGUGUAGCCGCCCCCAAUGUCAAGCUGCUCACGACAAACGUCAUCCAGAACAAGGUUGCUGGCAACUGGGGACCUAACUCGACCUUCCGCUUCCCUGCACACGGUGGUACCGGUGGAAUCUGGAUCGCCGUGGCGGACACCAUCGCCAAGGAAAAUACUCGCUUUGGUGCUCACGGAGCUGUCACCAAGGUGGACGCGGACGCCAAGAAGGCAUACCUGAAAGAUGGUACCGUCGUCAAAUACGGCUCCCUGGUCUCUACCAUGGCUGUCGACUACCUCGCUGAGUCAAUGGGUGAUGUCAAGCUGCAGCAGAUGUGCAAGCCGCUUUUCUACUCCUCCACUAACGUCAUUGGUGUUGGCAUUCGUGGCCAACGACCAGAGCGCAUUGGUGACAAGUGUUGGCUGUACUUUGUCGAGGACAACUGCCAGUUCUACCGUGCCACCAUUUUCUCCAACUACUCUCCAUUCAACCAGCCUACCGAGGACGUUAAACUUGCCACAAAGCAGCUCGCCAAUGGCCAACAGCCUACCUCGUCUGAGGCCCAGUCCGGUCCGUACUGGUCGAUUAUGCUUGAGGUGUCGGAGUCAUCCUACAAGCCGGUCAACCACGAGACCCUACUUGCCGACUGCAUACAAGGUCUGGUUAACACCGACUUGUUGAAGCCAGAGGACGAGAUUGUUAGCACCUACGUCCGCCGCUUCGAUCACGGCUACCCUACUCCAAGUGUGGAGCGCAACGGCGCCUUGGAUGAAAUCCUACCUUAUCUCCGCCAGAAGGACAUCCUUACUCGCGGACGUUUUGGUUCAUGGAAGUACGAGGUUGGUAACCAAGACCACAGCUUCAUGCUCGGCGUCGAAGCCGUUGACAACGUCGUUUCCGGAGGCAUUGAGUUGACUUUGUCAUACCCUGACUUCGUCAACACUCGCGCUAACACAGAGCGCCGAUUGACCCCAUCUUCCAAAUAA